GGAGAGUUCUCCCCCUUGUUCAUCGUGAUUUUUCCUCCCACUGUCGAGCUCACCACUGCAUUAUAUCCAGCACGAUGGCCUCCCUCCGUUUACCCAGACUAAUACCCCGACCCCGUCGGGGUUACUCUACCGCCGCAUCUCCUUCCUCGCGCCUUAACCUGCCCAUCGACUACAAAUCGACACCGCUCCUUCACCACACGCCCUCCAGCUUAUCGGACACCUUAGACCUGCCCAGUUCCACUACCUCAAAAUCUAUAAACCUCUAUCAAGCCAUCAACUCCGCGUUACGAACCGCCUUAUCCACCUCAAACAAGGUUAUGCUCUUCGGGGAAGAUGUAGCAUUCGGUGGUGUCUUCCGGUGCUCGAUGGAUCUACAAACGGAGUUCGGGUCAGAACGCGUGUUCAACACCCCUCUGACGGAGCAAGGUAUUGUUGGAUUCGCGAUCGGGGCUGCCGCGCAGGGCAUGAAGCCCGUUGCGGAGAUUCAGUUCGCCGAUUACGUCUUUCCGGCGUUCGAUCAGAUCGUGAACGAAGCCGCCAAGUUCCGGUUUCGUGAAGGUGCAACGGGGGUGGAUAUCGGUGGAAUAGUAGUGAGGAUGCCCUGCGGAGCGGUGGGACAUGGUGCUUUAUACCAUUCGCAGUCUCCCGAGGCGCUAUUCGCGCAUGUCCCCGGCGUACAGGUCGUCAUGCCACGGUCUCCAUCGCAAGCCAAGGGGCUACUCUUAUCGGCGAUCUUCGAGUCCAAGAAUCCCGUCAUCUUCAUGGAACCGAAGGUGCUAUAUCGGGCAGCAGUGGAGCACGUUCCUAGCGAAUACUAUACGAUCCCGUUGAACACGGCCGAGGUGGUGAAGCCUGGAAACGACGUGACUGUCAUUUCAUACGGACAGCCGAUGUACCUCUGCUCCGCGGCCAUCGCAGCUGCAGAGAAGGCCCUGGGCGCGAGUAUAGAGCUGAUCGAUCUGCGCACGAUCUACCCGUGGGAUAGACAGACGGUUUUGGAUAGCGUGAAGAAGACGGGUCGGGCCAUCGUCGUGCACGAGAGCAUGAUUAAUUACGGAGUGGGUGCCGAGGUUGCGGCCACCAUCCAGGAAGGGGCGUUUUUGCGUCUGGAGGCUCCUGUCAAGCGGGUGGCAGGAUGGAGUACACAUACCGGACUUCUCUAUGAGAAGUUCAUCAUCCCCGAUGUCGCGAGAAUAUACGAUGCCAUCAAACAAACCCUCGACUACUAACCCGUAGCCCCUACACAUACCAAUGACAAUCAUGCACAUACAUACCCAUAACGAUACAGACGGUGAUGAUGUACACAGUCAGCCAGUUUCGAUAGAUCAAUCAGACCCAUAUUCUUCCCCUC